AUGGCGUCGGCCCCGCGAGCGUCGCGCGGCAGCACGCCCACCGCCAGCCGGUCGGCGUCUAGGCUCGUCAAGGAAGCCAGCGCAGACAAGCCGGUGCGGGCGGCGAGCAGCAACAGCCUUAAGCAGAAGAUGCUGGCCAAAGGCGACGAGCAGCCGCGGCCGAGCAAGGCAGACGAGCAACUGAAGUCUCUGAAAUCCGAGUUUGACGGCCUGCGCUCGCACCUCACGUGCAAGAUUUGCGACCGGCUGCUCUACCAGCCAUACACAAUAGCAUGUGGGCAUACAUACUGCUACACGUGUCUCUGCACGUGGUUCAUGAACCUGAAGGGCAAGUCGAAGCUGACUUGUCCGGACUGCCGCGUUGACGUCAAGCAUCUGCCUGCUCCUGCCUAUGUUAUCAGAGACAUGACCGCCGUCUUCGUUGCUCGAGCCGACCUCCUUCCACCUGGCGAGACCCAAGAAGAGCACAAGAAAUGGUUGCAAGAAGACACCGAUGCUAUCCAGAAAGACCGCGAGAACACCGACCCACGCACCGGAGGGCUCUUCAAGGGCUUAUUCAACGCACCCCCACACCCUCUACGCCCUUCACUCCAUAUCAUGCGCGACCAGGAAGACGGCGUUGAUCGAUGUCCAAUCUGCACAUGGGAGCUUGAGGAUGGAGGCUGCACACAAUGCGGCCUGGUCUUCGACGAGACAGGCGAGGUCUCGUGGGACAAUAGCUUCACGGGCUUCAGCGACAUGGACGAAAUGUCAGAGCAGGAUGCCGACGACCUGGAUGCGGCCCUGGGUCUUGAGGAAGGCGAGUUUGAAGGCUUUGGCGACCCAAUGGAUGGCUGGCAAGACUAUCUUGGCGAUCCAGGCGCUGGCUUCGUAAUGCGCCGCUUCCUCCAACACAACAACACCGGGCCUCGACGACACAUGUCCCACAGCGAAGCCGGCAGCAGACGCUCGUAUUCACAGAGCAUCGUCUCGGAUGUCUACGGAGACGAAAUGGACACAGUCGAAGAGGAGGACGAAGAAGAAGAUUCAGAAAUGAAUGACUUCAUCGACGACGACGGUGCUCUAGAGUCUUCGACAUCCGCCAGUGGUGCUUCAUCGACACCCGGCCAGACACCACAGCCUCACCCGAAUCGAACACAAGCACGCGCUAGAGCGCGCCCCGUCGUAGAAGAAUCCGAGACUAGCUCUACGAUAUCAAGUGUAGUCGAAGAGGAAGAGGAGGAUGAAGAUGAAGAUGACGAUGAAGACGACGCUGGCCCUGUACGUCGAGGGCAGAGGCCAGCGGCACAACGAUCGAGAGUACCAAACCCCGUACUGAGCAGGGCCAACGGCACGCGGUCUCGCUUUGCUCGUGUCGUCGCGCCAUCUUCAUCAGCUUCUACAGACGCUUCACACGACGAUCUUGACGAGGAUACUCAAGCCUUGCUAGAGGAAGAAGGUUGGAUGCGCCAAACGGACGACGAUGAGAUGGUUGAAGAAGAUGGAGAUAGCGAUGGAGGAGCUACGACCGUUGGGUGGGAACCGCUUGCGAAUUCAAAUGACAGAAGCCGAAUGGGCGGGUCUCUAACACCUACUGCAGAUCGUCAACGGCCUAGUGCCCCUAUCCGUCCCCCUUCGCGAGUGGGCAACCUCCGAACGCUCGAUGCCUCCCGUGGCCUUCGACGAAGAUCCUCUGUACUGUCCAACGCGAACCCCCACUAUGAGGACGGCGAAGCCGAUGAUGACGACUCGGACCAGGAUGGCGACCUUAGCAGCAUGGCCAUGAAUUCUCUUCGCAAUCGCCGAUCACAACAGAUGAUGCGCAAUGGUCCUGGGUUCCCGAAUGUGUCAACUCGCUUUGCUCCUCCAGGGGGCAACACCGUCAAUGAGGCAGACACCGACGAUAAUUCAGACAACUCACAAGCUGGCCUCGGUCGUCGUCGUCCAACGCGUACUGAGCGCCGCGAGUACGACCCUCGUAUCAGCUGGAUGUUUGCUGCCCACCAAGCCGCAUUGCAACAACACCAAGCAGGUGGCAAUCUGAUAGACAUCGAGUCCCGUUCCAUCACACCGCUCAACCGACCACCUACAUCGAACCGCAACCGCCAAAGCCCUGCACCGGCCUCUUUUUCCCCUUUCCUCCCUCCAGCACGGAUGCGAACCCCAUUGAUGGACAACAGCAACUUUGGGGCGCGUGUUAUGGCAUCACCCAACAGACGGAGCGCAGUGUCCCCGGCUUUGCCGACGGCCAAUAUAAUGGAGAGUGCGAUGCGAAAUGACCGCACAUCUUCUUUCAGCUCGGCAAGCAAUGAUUCUGUGAUCCUGACGCCAGGCAGUUCGGCGGCCAGCUCACAGUACUCCAUUGAUCAAACAGCACGAACGCAAGCUGUUGCAGCUAUGGAUAUGAUAGAUCGACCCCAGAGUCGCAUUAGCGCACGUCCGCCAUCCGCGGCAGGGCGUAGAGGGUCCGCCAACUUCUCGCCUGUGUAUCCAAAUUUCCCACCUCCCAACUUGGGUAUCCAUGCCCCGGCAUCUGCGGUACCUCCACGUCCUGCCAAUCCAUGGGCUGCAUAUGUCUCACGCAGUAUCAGAGCUCGCAACUCUCGUCUGGGUCUGCGAGAGCAGUCGUCGACGGCUACACUGAGGCCGACUAGCUCACGUGCGAACUUGCGUGACAACGCAGCGCCCAGCCCAGUCAUGAGGACACAGCCCUCACGAAUUGGCUUACGCCCACAACCUUCAGUGCGCCGACUGAAUGCACAGCCAUCUACAAGAGCUCUGCGAACUCCUCCGUCCCCUGGACCGAGUGGUCAUGUAGCUGGGCCGUCAAUGGUACGAGUGCCGAUGGGACCAGACGAUCUCAGCGCUCGAGCUCGAGAGCUCCGUAACACCAGGGAACAGGCUCUUGGUCUUUCCAAUAGUGUCCCAGCUCGAACCAAUCCAUUUUCUUCAGGUUUCCGCCGGCCAAGCAAUGCUGGAAGCACGCCUCCCAUGCCGCAGGGUCAAAUUAUUUCUCAGCAUGUUCGAAGCAACUCAAAUGAGUCUAUGGGCUCAGUGAACUCUGCUGGAACAGCACACGAUGUCUCCACCGGCCCUUCCCUGGGUCGGCGCAGGAGCAACCGUAACAUGAUGAAUGCUCCACCUCCAGGCGUUCUACCUCCAUCCGAGGCCUUUACAUCCCCUGUUACAGCAUAUGCUAACAAUGCAUAUCGCUCACGGCAGGGCAACAACAUUGGCCCGCUGGCAUAUGAGCCAGCCAAUCAACAAACCAACAGGGCGACCAAUCCUGUGGCCACUGGCCAACUCAUUUGA